CGUCAAUCGUAUCGGACUGGUUUUACUGGGUUAAGUUUCAAAACAAAACUUCAAACACGAGACACUCACGCAGUUACUACGCAAGCACACUCAACGAGGACCGGUGCUCGGGAAAAUGAAGCCAAUUUCAAUUUAUUGCAUUACCUUAGUGGUCUUAUUCAGUUUUUUGACCAAAGGAGCAGUCAUCGUUCAAAACAGUGAAAAUUUGAAAGAUUUCGAUGUCAGGCCCGCAAAAACACAGGUUACGGACGGAUCGACAGCAAAACCUCAAACCGAAGAGGCUGAAAAACUAAAGAAGCUUACUCGGAGGGAAAAGUGCUGCAAUCUCGGCCGAGAUGUGGCCAAAAUAGGAGAGACAUGCAGGUACACGAGUAACCCAGACGAAAUCUCUCCCAAUAGACAUUUUCACCAAAUGAAAACAGCUGUUUGGAAGCGUACCAGCCAUCCUAUCAACCGCCGAUUGCUGGCAAAAUGUAAACCUCAUAAAGUUUUCUACGAGAAAUGCUGUAACUACGAGUAUUCUCAAAUCGAACAAGAUCUCAUCAAGGAAAGGAAAAUGAUCCACAGCUACUUGCGUCAAUUACGGAAGAACACAGUCGAGGAAGAUGAAGGAGUUUCAAGCGAUGGGGGAAGCCACCCCGUCGAAGUGUCUCAAAACAGACACCGCUAUAGAAUCUAGUAAAUAGUAUGAUGAACUGAAGAACUCUACAUUGAACUAGAUUAGAAACAUCAUUUAACAAAGAAAUGAGAGAGCUUAUUUUUAAUUUUGCGUUGUAAUCACUUUGUACUUAUAUAAUCAUUUGCAAACGUCAUACUCUAAAGGGGAAAAAAGUUUUUCUUUAUUUCUUGACGAUGACGUAUUUCAAGUUUCAAUAACUAGAUGUGAAUUGACGUGGAGGUCUUUUGAUCACGGACUCAAUAGAGAAGGGCCUACAUCAAGUAUAAUUGACAGUAAUAGAAAAUUGAAAUAUCGAGAAUUAUUAUCGAACUGUUUACAUGUAAAUAACUUGAAUGUUAUUACGAGGAGUUGAUGUACUUUAUGUCAAGCUUCCAACAUGGGAUUUUGUCCAAAAUCUACAUUUAAUUAGUGAGCUUUUUAACAUCAGUUUUCUGAUCCAAUCUUCCUUUCUCCUUGGUUCCCACCUUUGAAUGUAUUUCAAGCAACCGGAGAGAAUUUGAAGAUUAAUGUGUGGAUAUAGUUGUUGCGUUAAUGAUAGUUUUCCCUUUCCUGUUACAUAUUUUAAAACUUGGUACAAAAUUUAUUGUAUUCAUGAUUUUUAUUAACAGAACUUGUAAAUAAAG